AUGGCCGAAUACCCUGUCCCUUACAAUGGAACGGAGACUGGCACUGGAGGUGACUCCAUGACGGAGGACCUCAAUAUAUGGUACAGCUCUGGUGACAUCGCCUGGGUUGUUACCUCCACAGCGCUUGUUCUGUUGAUGAUUCCUGGUGUUGGAUUCUUCUACUCCGGUCUCGCCCGUCGAAAGUCCGCUCUGUCCCUAAUAUGGCUCUCCAUCAUGUCUGUCGGAGUCGUUUCCUUCCAGUGGUUCUUCUGGGGGUACUCGUUGGCCUUCUCUCACACAGCUGGAAAGUACAUCGGAGACCUCCAGAACUUUGGAAUGAAAGGCGUUCUGGCUGCACCUUCGGUGGGUAGCGAUAAGGUGCCCGAUCUCCUGUUUGCCGUCUUCCAGGGAAUGUUCGCCUGCAUUACAGUUGCUCUCGCUGUCGGCGCUGUUGCCGAACGUGGCCGCAUGCUUCCCUGCAUGGUCUUCAUUUUCAUUUGGACCACCAUCAUCUACGAUCCCCUCGCCUGCUGGACCUGGAAUGCAUCCGGUUGGGUCUUCAACUUGGGAGGGUUGGACUUCGCGGGUGGCACGCCCGUCCACAUCGCCUCCGGUUGCACCGCCCUCGCAUACUCCCUGAUGCUCGGCAAGCGUCGCGGACAUGGCACCCACGAGCUCAAUUAUCGUCCCCACAAUGUCACCCACGUCGUCAUCGGUACCGUGUUCCUCUGGGUUGGUUGGUUCGGUUUCAACGCCGGUUCUGCCCUCAGCGCCAACCUGCGUGCCGUGAUGGCCGCUGUUGUGACCAACCUUUCGGCCUCCGUCGGUGGUGUCACCUGGUGUCUGCUCGACUACCGCCUGGAACGCAAAUGGUCCACCGUGGGUUUCUGCUCCGGCGUGAUUGCCGGUCUGGUGGCUAUUACCCCGGGCUCCGGUUUCGUGACUCCUUGGGCAGCGUUCAUCUUCGGUGUCGUCGGUGCCGUUUCCUGCAACUACGCCACUAAGCUUAAGUACCUGAUCCAUGUCGAUGACGCCCUGGAUAUCUUCGCGGUCCACGGUAUUGGCGGUCUCGUGGGCAACCUUCUGACCGGAUUAUUUGCCGCUGACUACAUCGCUCGUCUGGACGGAUCCACCGAGAUCGACGGUGGCUGGAUCAACCACAACUACGUGCAACUGGGCUACCAGCUCGCCGACUCCGUCUCCGGCAUGGCCUACUCGUUCUUCGGCAGCUGUAUCAUUCUCUUCGUCAUCAACCUCAUCCCCGGUCUCAGCCUGCGUGCUCCCGAGGACGACGAGAUCAUGGGCAUUGACGACGCCGAGAUUGGCGAAUUCGCCUACGACUAUGUUGAAGUCACCCGCGACGUGAUCAGCGCCCCGGGUAGCGAGAACGGCGACGCAGCUUCCAAGCGUACCGCGACGCCCACAGAAGGCAACGAGACCAAGGCUUAA